CAGUACACAGCGCACCUACCUAUCAAUCAACCACGCCGCACUCCGCACUCAAUCCCUCAAUCCCGCACUCAACCUCUCACGCCCGCAAUCACGCCCGCCCGCUCGCCAGCCAGCCAGCCAGCCAUGUCCGCACUCCCGCCCCUCCACCGCCCGCGCGAUAGCUACUACACGCUCUUCCUGCUGUCGUACAUCCCGACGAUAAUCCUAUUCGAUUCCCUCCCCCUCUACCCCCCCUCCCUGAUCCCGUCCUCUUUAUCCUCCACGCACACGUGGUACCUCACAACCUUCAACGACCCCCUCGUCCGCCUGCAACCUCCAUGGUUCAAAUUCUUCAGUCUCGCCGAGCUCUUCUACCAGCUCCCGGUAGCCGCGUACCUGGCGUGGGCGCUGGGGAAGCGCGCCCCCAGCGCGCCGGCGCACAUGCUCGUGUGGGCGACGCUGGCGGCGUUUACUACCGCUACUUGCUGCUGGGAGUUUUAUCAUAGCACCCUGAUGACGCUGCAGCAGAAGUACAUGCUCGGGGGGAUGUAUGGAUCUUAUGGAUUGAUUUUUGCGAUCAUGGCGGGAGAUAUGUUCUGCCGCAUCCAGAAGACGGUGAGCGCGGCGGCGAAGAUGGCGGGGCAGAAGAAGGUCAGGUAGACGAGGCGGUGAUGCCAUGUCUAUAGACUUGGGGAUACCAAGACAAGGCGUUGUGUAGUGUGUAGGCAUAAUUGGAAGACAUUGCUGUCGAUUCGAG